UGGCAGGACUCUUAAAGGCUUGCAGGGGGAACCAAGAGCAAGAAGCAGAGGCUAAGUCACCAGGACCUCUGCAGAAAAGACAACUUCAGGAUGCUGUUGCUGCUUCUACUGGGGGCUCUUGCCUUCUCUGCUUAUGCUGCUACCCUAGUAGAUCCUAAUGCUGAAGAAGAAGCCUUGAAAUACUUAAAGCAGUUUGGAUACUUACAGAAGCCACUUGAAAGUGACAGUGAGGAAUUCAGUCCUGAAGAAACCGAGGAAGCUCUAAGAAUUUUCCAGCUGGCUUCUCAGUUACCCGGAACAGGGGUCCUGGACAAUGAUACCAUGGAGAAGAUGAACCAGCCUCGGUGUGGAUUAGAAGACCCAUUUAACCAGAAAACAUUGCGAUAUCUGCUAUUAGGUCGAUGGAGAAAAAAGAACUUGACUUAUCGCAUAUAUAAUUAUACAUCAGACAUGACAAAAGAUGAGGUGAGGACUGCCAUCAAAGCUGCUUUUAAAUACUGGAGUGAAGUCACCCCUCUGAUAUUCAAGGAGAUCACAUAUGGAAGAGCAGACAUAAGAAUUUUAUUCCACAGGAAGGGAGAGAGCUGUUCACGUCCAUUUGAUGGCCCUGGGAAAGUCCUGGCACAUGCCGAUAUCCCUGAGCUUGGCACGGUACAUUUUGAUGAAGAUGAGUAUUGGACUGAGGGAACCUACCUUGGAGUCAAUCUACGAAUCAUUGCAGCACAUGAACUAGGCCAUGCCUUGGGCUUAGGUCACUCUCGCUUUGCUAGUGCGCUGAUGGCUCCUGUUUAUGCCGGAUAUAGACCUAACUUUCGUCUUCAUGAUGAUGAUAUAAAAGGGAUUCAGGCCUUGUACGGUAAAAACAGCUACAAGGAAGUUGAGAAACAUGUCACAACCAUUGCACCUACUGUUUCUCCAACUCCCACCAGUCUGAUGCCUGAUCCAUGCCAGGACAACCUAGAUGCCAUGAUUCUUGGGCCUGACAGUAAAACAUAUGCCUUUAAAGGAGACUAUGUGUGGACAGUCACAGACUAUGGCAUUGGUCCUCUCAUGAAAAUCCAGUCCCUAUGGAAAGGGUUACCAGGAAACUUAGAUGCUGCCGUCCACUCGAAACGCACCAAGAGAACAUAUUUCUUUAAAGGAAGCAAAUUAUGGAGGUACACUGACUUUAAACUGAACUAUGGAUACCCUAAAUAUUUAACUAGGGUACCCCCAAACAUUGGAGCAGCCUUAUACUGGGAAGGAAACCAGAAGAUAUUCUUGUUUAAGGGUGAGGAGUAUUGGCAGUGGGAUGAGUUGGCCUGGAGUAGCCUGAGUCCCAAGAAAAUCUCAAGUCUAUUCACGGGUAUUCCAAGUAAGCUGGAUGCAGCUCUGACCUGGAAGAAUGGAAAGAUUUACUUCUUUAAAGGAGACAAGUAUUGGAGAGUGAACAAGCAGCUACGUGUAGACCGUGGAUACCCACUGAGCAAGGCGGAGCGGUGGAUGCAGUGCUACCAUAUGGAUUAAUGGAAAAUAAGUGCAAUAGCCUUACUUAAUCACAUGCAGCAGUCACUGAUGAUGAAGUUCACCACAAAGAAUAAAACUUAGACUGAUAAAUGUUGCACUCUGAGACGAGCUCACCCAUUGGAAAGCGAGCCAGUAAUACUCAAGACAUUAAAGACAUUUAAGACAAUGUUAAAAAUAACAAUUUCUUGUAAGACAAUGAAAGGACACUUUCUUUACACAUUCAGAGGUUUUCUGACUCCUUGGAGAUCAUGCUACUGUUACUUAUUGCUGGUUCAGCUCCUGGACCAAUGAGCAAGCACAGCCGAAAGAACUUGAUAACUAAACACCGCCGCCUAUGGACAAACAUCAAUACUGCAAUGCAUAUCAAAGUUGUAGAAUGUAAAUGGAUACUUCUGCAACUUCAGAUUGUAAAAAUCCAGCCAUGUAACAUAUAUAUAUAUAUAUUUAUAUAAAGCAUUGUUAGAUUGAAUGGUUUUGAUGUUAAAACAGGGACAGGUUGACAUGCUAGUGAGUUUGCAUCCAUAUUUUAGGAAUUUUCAUUAUAUCUGGGCAUGUAUCUUUUUAAGGGAUUUUUCAGAAUUAUUUAAAUGGAGUUUUCUGAGACCUAAAUGCUGAUGACCUAUCCUCUGGUCAUCCUCCUCUAGAGGAAAGGUCAUCAGUGUAAAACUGCCAGAAAACCACUGUAAUGGUGCUGUCAGGGAGUAGAAAUAACACCACUCUUGUUCAUGGGCUGAGUCUAGUAUUGCACCUUAGAACCAUUAUCUAACCCUGAAAACACCUUUAACGGGUAAUUUUGGAAGCGUAUGAUAUUCAUUUAAUGUUAACAGAUCAUUAAAGGGAUUGUCCCAUUACAAAAACUGAUCCCCUAUCCAUAGGACAGGGAAUAAGUGUCUGAUCGGUGAGGGCCCAUCUGCUGUGGCCCCACUGACAAGGAAAAUGGAGCCUAUAUUCCCAGGGGAUUCACAUGCGCGCUUCUGCUCCAGUCAACUCUAUGGGGCUGCCGGAGAUAGCUGAGCACUUGUUCUCUGCUGUCUCUGCAUUGCCAUUGAGCACCAAACACACAUGUCUACACCUAUUUAAAUGGGGAAACACGGCCCCCAUUCUCGUGAUCAGCAGGGGUCCCAGCAGCUGGACCCCUUUGAUUUAGAUGCUUCCCUAUCCUGUGAAAAGGGGAAAAAUUGUUAUAAUAAUCCCUUUAAAUUGAAAUCUUGUGCUUCUUGGUUGCUCUGCAUUUAGAGGAUAUAUCUGCUGACUUGCAGCAUGUGUACAUCUACAUCAUCUAGGCCUGUAUAAUAAUGUGCAUGCAUUUGCCCUCCACAUGGUCUGCAGUGCCUCCUGCUGGCAGGUGACACAAAAUUACAUUUAAAAAAGUAAAUUAAAUAUGGUUAAAAUAAAA